GUCAGUUGACACCGGAAGAGGAAACCAAGGGGAGUCCGUUGUGCGCUCGUGUUAGCAGCGGUUUUGCUACGUAGGAGAAACGCAAUAUCUCCGAGAUUAAUCAGAAAGACUUUCGUCUCAAAUCCCAGCAAUACACCGAUGCGCAGGUGGUUUCAGUGAACGGACAGAGUGCAGUCAGCUCUGUGAACAUUUCGCCGUCGGCAGAGCGGCGCGAGCUGAGAGAACAGCGGCACCAUGGCGGACGUUACUGCUCGUAACCUGCAGUAUGAGUACAAAGCGAACUCGAACUUGGUGCUGCAAGCCGAUCGCUCUCUGAUCGACCGGACACGGAGAGAUGAGCCCACCGGAGAGGUGCUGUCCCUGGUGGGGAAGCUGGAGGGGACCAAGAUGGGGGACAAGGCUCAGAGGACCAAACCCCAGAAGCUGGAGGAGAGACGGGACAAGAGGAGAAAGAGAGACGAGGACAGACACGACAUCAACAAAAUGAAAGGCUUUACCCUCCUGUCCGAGGGGAUUGAUGAAAUGGUGGGCAUCGUGUACAAGCCCAAAACCAAAGAAACCAGGGAGACCUACGAAGUGCUGCUGAGCUUCAUCCACGCAGCUUUGGGCGAUCAGCCUCGUGAUAUUCUGUGUGGAGCAGCUGAUGAAGUGUUGGCGGUGCUGAAGAACGACAAGAUGAGGGACAAAGAAAGGCGGCGUGAGGUGGAGCAGCUUCUCGGGCCGUCGGAUGACACGCGUUAUCAUGUGCUGGUAAACCUGGGAAAGAAGAUCACAGACUACGGCGGAGACAAGGACCUGCAGAACAUGGACGACAACAUUGAUGAAACGUAUGGCGUCAACGUACAGUUUGAAUCUGAUGAGGAGGAAGGAGACGAGGACCAGUUUGGCGAAGUUCGAGACGAGCACUCGGAUGAAGACAGCGAAGGAGAAGAGGCCGUUGUGUCCACCAGGCUCACGGCAAACCUCGGUGAGGCGGGGGAUGUGAUGUCGGAGAAGAAGAAACAGUUGCAUCCUCGGGACAUCGAUGCCUUCUGGCUCCAGCGUCAGCUCAGUCGGUUCUACGAUGACGCCAUCGUCUCCCAAAAGAAGGCAGACGAAGUCUUAGAAAUCCUCAAGACUGCUAGUGAUGACAGAGAAUGUGAGAACCAGCUGGUGCUGCUGUUAGGCUUCAACACCUUCGAUUUCAUCAAAGUCCUCCGUCAGCACCGUCGCAUGAUUCAGUAUUGCACCAUGCUGGCCAGCGCUCAGAGUGAGGCGGAAAAGGAACGGAUCAUUGGGAAGAUGGAGUCGGAUCAGGAACUGUCAAAGAUUCUCUACCAGCUGCAGGAGACGGAGAAGGAGGACAUUAUCAGAGAAGAACGAUCUCGCAGGGAGAGGGUGAGGAAGUCUCGAGUAGAUGACUUGGAAGCAAUGGACGUUGACCACGGAGAGUCGGUGAUGCCGCGGCAGCUUCUGGACCUUGAGGACCUGGCUUUCACUCAGGGCAGCCACUUCAUGGCCAACAAGCGCUGCCAGCUGCCAGACGGCUCUUUUCGUAAGCAGCGUAAAGGUUACGAAGAAGUCCACGUGCCGGCUCUCAAGCCCAAAGCCUUCGGAGACGACGAGGUACUCGUCUCCAUAGACAAGCUGCCCAAGUACGCCCAGGCCGGAUUCGAAGGCUUCAAGUCUCUAAACCGCAUUCAGAGCAAGCUGUUCAAGACCACCAUGGAGACGGAUGAAAACCUGCUGGUGUGCGCGCCUACGGGAGCUGGUAAGACCAACGUCGCCUUGAUGGCCAUGCUGAGAGAAAUCGGGAAGCACAUAAACAUGGACGGCACGAUUAAUGUGGACGACUUCAAAAUCAUCUACAUCGCACCCAUGCGCUCGCUCGUCCAGGAGAUGGUGGGGAGCUUCGGCAAGCGGCUGGCGAGUUACGGCAUCAUCGUGUCCGAGCUGACCGGAGACCACCAGCUCUGCAAAGAGGAGAUCAACGCCACCCAGAUCAUCGUCUGCACCCCGGAGAAAUGGGACAUCAUCACCCGGAAAGGCGGAGAGCGCACGUACACCCAGCUCGUGCGCCUCAUCAUCAUCGAUGAAAUCCACCUGCUGCACGACGACCGUGGGCCCGUGCUGGAGUCUCUGGUGGCCAGGACCAUCCGUAACGUGGAGCUGACCCAGGAGGACGUGCGUCUGAUCGGUCUCAGCGCCACGCUGCCCAACUACGAGGACGUGGCGACCUGCCUACGCGUCGAUCCCGCAAAGGGGCUGUUUUACUUCGACAACAGUUUCCGCCCCGUGCCCCUGGAGCAGACGUACGUCGGUAUCACAGAAAAGAAGGCCAUCAAGCGUUUCCAAAUCAUGAACGAGAUCGUCUAUGAAAAGAUCAUGGAGCACGCUGGAAAGAACCAGGUGCUGGUGUUCGUCCACUCCAGGAAGGAGACAGGAAAGACCGCCAGAGCCAUAAGGGACAUGUGCUUGGAGAAGGACGCCCUCGGCCUGUUCCUGAGGGAGGGCUCCGCAUCCACCGAAGUGUUGAGAACCGAGGCAGAACAAUGCAAAAACUUGGAGCUGAAGGAUUUGCUUCCCUACGGCUUUGCCAUCCACCACGCCGGGAUGACCAGAGUGGACCGUACGCUGGUGGAGGAUCUGUUUGCGGAUCGCCACAUCCAGGUCCUGGUGUCCACGGCCACUCUGGCCUGGGGUGUGAACCUGCCGGCUCACACUGUCAUCAUCAAGGGAACGCAGGUUUACAGCCCAGAGAAAGGCAGGUGGACGGAGCUGGGAGCGCUGGACAUUUUACAGAUGCUGGGUCGAGCCGGCCGUCCGCAGUACGACACCAAGGGAGAGGGAAUCCUGAUCACCUCCCACGGAGAGCUGCAGUAUUACCUGUCGCUGCUGAACCAGCAGCUGCCCAUCGAGAGUCAGAUGGUAGCCAAGCUCCCCGACAUGCUCAACGCCGAGAUAGUGCUGGGAAAUGUUCAGAACGUGAAGGACGCGGUGAACUGGCUCGGCUACACCUACCUGUACGUGCGCAUGCUCCGCAACCCGACGCUGUACGGAGUGUCUCACGAUGACCGAGGCUCAGACCCGCUGCUGGAGAGGCGAAGGACGGACCUGAUUCACACGGCGGCCAACGUCCUGGACAAGAACAGCCUCAUCAAAUAUGACAAGAGGAUCGGUUGCUUCCAGGUAACAGACCUGGGGCGCAUCGCCAGCCACUUCUACAUCACCCACGACUCAAUUCAGACCUACAACCAGCUGCUGAAACCCACUCUCAGUGAGAUCGAGCUCUUCCGGGUCUUUUCGCUGUCCUCAGAGUUCAGGAACAUCACAGUGAGAGAGGAGGAAAAACUUGAGCUUCAGAAGCUGCUGGAAAGAGUUCCCAUUCCUGUAAAGGAGAGCAUUGAGGAGCCCAGUGCUAAGAUUAAUGUCCUGCUCCAAGCUUUCAUCUCUCAACUCAAGCUGGAAGGCUUUGCCUUGAUGGCAGACAUGGUGUAUGUUACGCAGAGUGCUGGUCGAUUAAUGCGCGCCAUAUUUGAGAUUGUGCUCAGCCGAGGCUGGGCCCAGCUCACAGACAAGACCAUGAAUCUCUGCAAGAUGAUCGACAAACGCAUGUGGCAGUCCAUGUCUCCGCUGCGGCAGUUCAAGAAGCUGCCUGAAGAAGUGGUGAAGAAGAUCGAGAAGAAGAACUUCCCCUUCGAGCGUCUCUACGAUCUCAACCACAACGAGAUCGGCGAGCUGAUCCGAAUGCCGAAGAUGGGGAAGACCAUUCAUAAAUACGUGCACCAGUUCCCCAAGCUGGACCUGGCCGUCCACAUUCAGCCAAUCACGCGCUCCACGCUCAAAGUGGAGCUGACCAUCACACCGGACUUCCAGUGGGACGACAAGAUUCACGCAUCGUCCGAAGCCUUCUGGAUCCUGGUGGAGGAUGUCGACAGCGAGGUCAUCCUCCACCAUGAGUACUUCCUCCUGAAGGCCAAGUACGCCCAGGACGAGCAUCUCGUGACGUUCUUUGUGCCGGUGUUUGAGCCUUUACCUCCACAGUACUUCAUCCGGGUCGUCUCGGACCGAUGGCUCUCGUGUGAGACGCAGCUGCCGGUGUCCUUCCGUCACCUUAUCCUCCCAGAGAAGUACCCCCCGCCCACCGAGCUGCUGGAUCUACAGCCGCUGCCCGUCACCGCUCUCAGGAACUCGGCCUUCGAGGCUCUUUAUCAGAACAAGUUCCCCUUCUUUAAUCCCAUCCAGACACAAGUGUUCAACGCCGUGUACAACAGUGACGAUAAUGUGUUUGUGGGAGCUCCAACCGGCAGCGGGAAGACCAUCUGCGCCGAGUUCGCCAUCCUGAGGAUGCUACUGCACAACUCAGAGGGUCGCUGCGUUUACAUCACCCCGAUGGAAGCACUGGCCGAGCAGGUGUUUGUUGACUGGCACCAGAAGUUCCAGGACAUCCUGAACAAGAAGGUGGUUCUGCUGACGGGAGAAACCAGCACGGAUCUGAAGCUGCUGGGGAAAGGAGACAUCAUCGUCAGCACGCCUGACAAGUGGGACAUCCUGUCGCGCCGCUGGAAGCAGCGCAAGAACGUCCAGAACGUCAGCCUUUUCAUCGUGGACGAGACGCACCUCAUCGGAGGAGAAAAUGGACCUGUGCUGGAGGUGAUCUGCUCAAGGAUGAGGUACAUCUCCUCUCAAAUCGAGCGUCCUAUCCGCAUCGUGGCCCUCAGCUCCUCCUUGUCCAACGCCAAAGACGUGGCCCACUGGCUGGGCUGCAGCACCACGGCCACAUUCAACUUCCACCCCAACGUCAGGCCCGUCCCCCUGGAGCUGCACAUCCAGGGCUUCAACGUGAGCCACACCCAGACCCGCCUGCUGUCCAUGGCGAAGCCGGUGUACCACGCCAUCAUGAAGCAUUCGCCCUCCAAGCCGGCGGUGGUGUUCGUGCCGUCCCGCAGGCAGACCCGCCUCACCGCCAUCGACAUCCUCACGUUCUGCGCCGCCGACGUCGUCCCUCAGAGAUUCCUGCACUGCACCGAGAAAGACUUGGUUCCCUUCCUGGAGAAAAUAAACGACCCCACUCUGAAGGAAACUCUGGCCAACGGCGUGGGGUACCUGCACGAGGGCCUGACUGCCACCGAGCGCAGAAUCGUCGAGCAGCUUUUCAACUCGGGCGCCGUUCAGGUGGUGGUCUCCUCGCGCUCGCUCUGCUGGGGCAUCAACGUCUCGGCGCACCUCGUCAUCGUCAUGGACACCCAGUACUACAACGGAAAAAUCCACGCGUACGUGGACUAUCCCAUCUACGACGUCCUCCAGAUGGUCGGCAAGGCGAACAGGCCCAUGCUGGACGACGAGGGACGCUGCGUGAUCAUGUGUCAGGGCUCUAAGAAGGACUUCUUCAAGAAGUUCCUGUACGAGCCGCUGCCCGUGGAGUCCCACUUGGACCACUGCCUCCACGACCACUUCAACGCCGAGAUCGUCACCAAGACGGUGGAGAACAAGCAGGACGCCGUUGACUACCUGACGUGGACGUUCCUCUACAGGCGCAUGACGCAGAACCCCAACUACUACAACCUGCAAGGCAUGUCCCACCGUCACCUGUCGGACCACCUGUCGGAGCUGGUGGAGAACACCCUGCACGACCUGGAGCAGUCCAAGUGCAUCAGCAUCGAGGACGAAAUGGACGUGGCGCCGCUCAACCUGGGGAUGAUCGCCGCCUACUACUACAUCAACUACACCACCAUCGAGUUGUUCAGUAUGUCCCUGAACGCCAAGACGAAGAUCCGCGGGUUGAUCGAGAUCAUCUCCAACGCGGCUGAAUACAAGAACAUUCCCAUCAGGCACCACGAGGACGCGCUCCUCCGACAGCUGGCGCAGAAAGUGCCCCACAAGCUGAACAACCCCAAGUUCAACGACCCUCACGUGAAGACCAACCUGCUGCUGCAGGCCCACCUCUCCAGGAUGCAGCUGAGCGCCGAGCUCCAGUCCGACACCGAAGACAUCCUGAGCAAGGCGAUCCGUCUGAUCCAGGCCUGCGUGGACGUGCUGUCCAGCAACGGCUGGCUGAGUCCUGCCCUGGCGGCCAUGGAGCUGGCGCAGAUGGUCACCCAGGCCAUGUGGUCCAAGGACUCGUAUCUGAAGCAGCUGCCCCACUUCACCUCCGACCACAUCAAGCGCUGCACAGACAGGGGCGUGGAGAGCAUCUUCGACAUCAUGGAAAUGGAGGACGAGGACAGAUCGUCUCUGCUGCAGCUCUCGGACGGACAUAUGACCGACGUGGCUCGCUUCUGUAACCGCUACCCCAACAUUGAGCUUUCUUAUGACGUAGCAGAGAGGGACAACAUCAAAAGCGGCAGCGCGGUUCUGGUCCAGGUUCAGCUGGAGCGAGAGGAAGAGGUGACCGGCCCCGUCAUCGCGCCACUCUUCCCUCAGAAACGCGAGGAGGGCUGGUGGGUGGUCAUCGGAGACCCCAAGUCAAACAGCCUCAUCUCCAUCAAGAGGCUGACUCUUCAGCAGAAAGCAAAGGUCAAGCUGGACUUUGUAGCGCCGGCCAUGGGCAUCCACAACUACACGCUGUACUUCAUGAGCGACGCGUACAUGGGAUGUGACCAGGAGUACAAAUUCAGCGUGGAUGUGAAAGAGGCCGACAGCGAGGGGGAAAGUGACUCGGACUAGGCAGGAAAUCUCUCCUUGAAAUCUUUUUAAAUUUGAUCCGAGGAGAAUCAAGGGGUUUAUUUUUAUUUUAUUUCCUUUUCUUAACCUGAUUUAUGUUCCUUUGUUUUCACUGUCAGCAUGUCAUUAAAGUUCAGUCUCAUUUUA